AUGGGUAACACCAAAGUGUACGUGAUUGGCGUGGGCAUGACUAAGUUCUGCAAACCAGGUUCCCGUGAUUGGGAUUAUCCAGAUAUGGUGAAAGAAGCUGUGAAUCUGGCACUCGACGACUGCUCUCUGAAGUACUCUGACAUCGAAAUGGCAACAGUUAGCUACCUGUUCGGUGGUACAUGCUGCGGUCAACGGGCUCUCUACGAACUCGGACUUACUGGCAUUCCCAUCUUCAACGUGAACAAUGCUUGUGCGUCUGGCUCAUCGGGAGUCUUCCUGUGCAAGCAGUUCAUCGAAAGCGGAAACGCCGACUGUGUUCUUGCAUGUGGUUUCGAAAAAAUGGCUCCUGGAUCGUUAGACAGCCAAGCAGAAAACAAUGAUGAUCGCAUUCUUCCUAUUGAUAAACACAUCCAGGUAAUUGCUGAUACAUAUGGCCUCUUCCCAGCUCCGAUGAUGGCUCAAAUGUUCGGAAAUGCCGGAAAAGAACAUAUGGAAAAAUACGGCACUAAACGAGAACACUUUGCUAAAAUAGCGUGGAAGAACCAUCUUCACUCAGUUCACAACCCGAAUUCUCAGUUCACGAAAGAAUACACGCUCGAUCAGGUGCUUAACGCGAAAAACAUUUACGACUUCAUGGGAUUACUCGAGUGUAGCCCCACCUCGGAUGGUUCAGCAGCGGCUGUUAUUUGUUCAGAACGAUUCCUCGAACAACAUUCCCAUCUGAGACCCCAAGCAGUAGAAAUCGUGGAGACGGGUCUUACACCUAAUGAUGUGCAGGUGAUCGAACUUCAUGACUGUUUCGCUCCAAACGAACUGAUUACGUAUGAAGCACUGGGGUUAUGUGAUAUUGGAAAGGGUGGUACCAUUGUCGAUCGUGGAGACAACACCUAUGGAGGAAAAUGGGUGAUCAAUCCUUCAGGAGGGCUUAUCUCCAAGGGGCACCCAAUUGGAGCGACAGGAGUCGCACAAGUGGUCGAAUUAUCGAAUCAACUGCGAGGGAAAUGCGGAAAACGUCAGGUUCCCAAUUGCAAACUCGCUUUACAGCAUAACAUUGGAAUUGGAGGAGCUGGCGUAGUAGGGCUCUAUCGUCUAGGCCUACCGUCUAGUACAUCUACUCCAGUGAUGACUACCAACGGAGAUAAAAACCUUCUAGAGAAGGUUGACAGUUCGUUCAAAAUCAACAUUAUAGGAAAUAAUGGCAGCACAAAAAAAUGGAUCAUAAAUGCUAAGAAGCCGUUCGAGAUCGAAAUCACUAUCAAGGACAAUGACUUAAUGAGGAUCGCCGCCGGAAAACUUAGGCCUGACCAGGCAUACAUGCAAGGUAGGAUGAAAAUGAAGGGAAAUGUGGUAAAAUCGACAAAGCUGAAGUUUCUAUUUGAUCCAGAAAUGCUGAAGGCGAAAUUUUGA